AUGUCCAUCGGGGCGAAUGCGGUGAUGAAUGUGCAAAAUGGCUUCACAGCCAAACUCAUCCGAUUCGUGCCGCACUUUGUGUCGCUCCGACUCAGUUGGACGCACAACGAUCUGAAGGCCGAGGGACUCGAGCAGUUCGUCGAAGAGUACCUUCCUGCCAUUCGGGAGAACAAUCCGCAAGUCAAGUACUUCCUCCAGCGCUCCUACACCACCUGCGAUCCGUUCGUUGUCGGAGAGUGAGCAAGAUUAUCUCAGUUCUAAUGGACACAUUUCCUUUGUUCCAGAUACAACUGGCUCCGUCAUCGCAAGAAGCGCGUCAACUGGAAGUCUAAGGCGCAAGUGCUUGCGAUGGUAGAAGAGAUGUCGAUCGGAGGAGACUUCCGGGAAGGUAAUCUUAUCUGCCCCUAUGUUUCCGUCUUCAAUCCGCACUUUCAGGCUACAAGCGAGGCGUAAACCGUCGUCUGCCACGUGGACAGGAGCUGUGGGACACCGAAACGAUGGGACAUGACGUGUUCAACGUGUCGAGCAAGUGGAAGGCCGACGUUCCGGAGGAAGACGAGCUUCCGAUCACUGCCAAGACUCAUCCGCACUUCAGCUACAGAAAAUAUUAG